AUCCUCUUCAAGGUGAGGGCUGAGUCAUAAGCGCAAUCAUCUUCCGCGUCUCAACAAACACGACCCUCGCAAUGACUCCUCCUCCUCGAUCCGUCCGAUUCAUCUCCGACUGCUUCGUCAAACCUCCCCAACUUCCUGAUGGCUGGAACCGUCCUCUUCACUUGCCGCCGUGGGACCUCGCCAUGCUCUCCGCCCACUACAUCCAAAAGGGCCUCCUCUUCCCCCUCCCUCCUCGCUGCCUCGACCCUGGCUUCGACCGCCCCGCUUUCAUCCGUUCCUUCUUGGAGAAGCUCAAGCGCUCCCUCUCUUCCGCCCUCUUCCACUUCUACCCGCUCGCCGGCCGCCUCGCCACCCUCAAGCGGACCGACCCCCCGUUCUACACGGUCUUCGUUGACUGCGCCAACAGCCCUGGGGCCCGGUUCAUCCAUGCCGCGCUCGACAUGACCGCGGCCGACAUACUCUCCCCGGCCUACGUCCCGGAUGUCGUCCAGUCCUUCUUCGACCACGACCGGGCGAUCAACCACGAUGGCCAUACCCUGUCCCUGCUGUCCGUGCAGGUCACCGAGCUUGCUGAUGGUGUCUUCAUUGGGCUCUCCAUGAACCACACCAUCGGCGACGGCACCUCCUUCUGGCUCUUCUUCAACUCGUGGUCCAAGAUCUUCCAAGCGCAAGAGAAAGGCGCCGUUGAUGUUGUUCCGCUAUCGCGUCCACCCGCCCUGACCAGGUGGUUCCCGGAAAACCAUCCCGGCCCUUUAAGCCUGCCUUACACAGAUGAUCCCUCGUCGUUCCUCGCCCGCUUUGAAGCCCCCGAGCUCAGGGAACGAGUCUUCCAUUUCUCAGCUGACGCUAUCGCGGGGCUCAAGGCGGAGGCAAACCGGCAAUGCGGCACCACCAGUAUCUCAUCCUUCCAGUCCCUGACUGCCCUUGUAUGGCGGUGCAUCGCGCGCGCCCGCCGCUUCCCGCCCAGCCAGGUCACAGGUUGCCGGAUGGCUGCGAACAACCGGGCAAGGCUUGACCCUCCUCUCUCGCCGGAGUACUUCGGAAACUCAAUCACACCAGUGAGGACGGCGGCGAGUGGGGAGCUGCUGGGCAGCGGUCUUGGGUGGGCGGCGCGACUGCUGCAUACGGCGGUAGCGGAGCACAGCAGCGCAAAGCUGAGGGAGUGGAACGAGGAUUGGAUAAAGAGGCCACAGGUCUAUCACCUGGACAAGACGUUCGAUCAGUACAGCAUCAUGAUGGGGAGCUCGCCACGGUUCGACAAGUACGGCAACGAGUUCGGGCUGGGGAAGGCCGUGGCUCUGCGAAGUGGGUAUGCGAACAAGUUCGACGGCAAGGUCUCAGCCUAUCCGGGCCACGAAGGAGGCGGAAGCAUCGACCUCGAGAUCUGCCUUCCGCCGACGACGAUGGCACUCCUCGAAGUUGACCCGGAAUUCAUGGCCGCCGUGACGGAUUCGUAGGUGGGAGGCCCAAAGUCAACACGGCGGUCAUGCGCAAGUCGAGUCAACACGCAUUGGGAGUUUGGAGGAAUAAAGAUUUGUUAUUUGACUACGAAUUUUAAGUUGACUCAACAAAUUAUGAGUUUACAUUCUAUGUACGCUUGGUCCAGGAAAAUUUCAAGUAAGAGCUGAAGUGUGGCCCUUUUCUUAUGCCGCUUUUCAAGUUACUGGCAUUUUAUCCAAAGUUGUCUUUUACUUGCUUUC